UGUACUCGAUGUAUUACCGGAUAUUUAAAAGCGGAAAGAUUAAUUUUUUCUUGACACAGUUGUGACGUACGUUUGAAUUAGAAGAUUUUCAAGCCAUGGCUGAAUAUCUGGCGUCAAUUUUCGGGACUGAAAAAGACAAAGUCAAUUGCUCGUUUUAUUUCAAGAUAGGCGCUUGUCGACAUGGAGAUCGAUGUUCGCGAAUUCACAACAAGCCAACUUUUAGUCAGACGUGUCUACUGCAGAAUCUUUAUGUAAAUCCUCAAAAUUCUGCGAAAAGCGCAGAUGGAUCUCACUUGGUUGCAAACGUAUCCGACGAAGAGAUGCAAGAGCAUUAUGACAAUUUUUUCGAGGACGUUUUCAUCGAGUGCGAGGACAAGUAUGGCGAGAUUGAAGAAAUGAACGUGUGUGACAAUCUUGGCGACCACUUGGUUGGAAACGUUUAUAUUAAAUUCCGCAGAGAGGAAGAUGCUGAGAGGGCGGUCAAUGACUUAAAUAAUCGUUGGUUCGGUGGCAGACCGGUUUAUGCCGAGCUUUCGCCUGUUACCGAUUUCCGUGAGGCCUGCUGUCGUCAAUACGAAAUGGGCGAGUGCACGCGGUCCGGAUUUUGCAACUUCAUGCACUUGAAGCCGAUCUCCCGGGAUCUCCGCCGAUAUUUGUACAGCCGAAAGAAGAGCAAGGGUCGAUCGAGAUCACGAUCGAGGUCGCGAGGUCGCGAACGCAGGAGAAGGUCCCGAUCUCGAGAUAGAAGAUCCAGAUCUAAAGAUCGACGUAAGGGAAGAGACGAGAAGGGCAGAGACGGUCGAUCCGGUCGCUAUUAA